AAAAAAAGAGUCACUCCCACAUUUUCUUGGUCUUCCCCUUCUACUCAGAAGAAGAAAAACCCGAAAGGCAAAUAAAGUAUCUCCUUUUGAGCUUUGGGAUCAUACCAAAGCCAACAACUCAUUGAUUUUCUUGAAUGGAGGAUGAGCCUCUCCUCCUCUCCCAAUCACGUUUCCACCUCCGCCCCAUACCAGAAAAUUCCUCCGCCGCCUCUGCAAUCACCACCCACUCGAUCUCCCCUACAAUCUUCUCGCCGGAGGCUGUUCAACCCCAUGACCGUAUUCACGAAGAACCCCACGAACGAUCCGAGACUGACCCGGAAUCGCACGCCGGAGCUCCGGUCUUCCUGAAAUCGAGGUCGCUUCACCGGUGCCGGACUGCUCCGGCGAUGGUUGUCAUCAAAGACCUCCGAUCCAAGACGACGGGAGGGAGAAAACCCUCUCCCGUCUCGAAAUCGAUCAUCAAACAAGCGAUGAUCUUGCUGGUUGUCUACUUAACCCUCGGAGUUGCUAUCUACUCCUUCAACCGUGACCAUUACUCCGGCGUCGAGACCCAUCCCGUCGUCGACGCGCUCUAUUUCUGCAUCGUCACCAUGUGCACAAUCGGCUAUGGGGACAUCGCGCCGUUAACUCCAGCGACUAAGAUUUUCGCCGUCGUGUUCGUCUUGUUCGGCUUCGGGUUCCUGGAUAUUCUCCUCAGUGGGGUCGUGAACUACGUGUUGGACCUUCAGGAGAGCAUGAUCCUGACCGGAAUCCAGAUGGGUUCGUCGAGGAAUCGGGAGAGGUUCUCGGCGAGAGACUACAUAGUGGAUGUGGAGAAGGGUCGGAUGAGGAUAAGGCUGAAGGUGGGUUUAGCGUUGUGUGUGGUCGUGUUAUGCAUCGGAGUGGGAUCUCUGGUUCUGUUCUUCGUGGAGAGAUUGGAUUGGGUGGAUUCGGUGUACUUGUCGGUCAUGUCGGUGACGACGGUCGGGUACGGGGACAGGGCGUUCAAGACAUUGGAAGGGCGGCUCUUCGCGGCGAUCUGGCUGCUCGUGUCGACCCUCGCAGUGGCGCGUGCGUUUCUAUACCUGGCGGAGGCGAGGAUCGACCGCCGUCACCGCAAGGCCGUGAAACUGGCUUUGCAUAGAGACAUUACGGUUGAGGAUUUGCUCGCUGCUGAUACCUAUCAACAUGGUUUCAUCAGUAAGUCGGAGUAUGUUAUAUUGAAGCUCAAGGAAAUGGGGAAGAUCACGGACAAAGACAUAAACCAGGUGGUUAACCAGUUCCAGAAGCUGGAUCCCAACAAUUUGGGGAAGAUCACAUUGCCUGAUCUGUUGGGGAAUCAUUUGUAACUCUUCAAAAAGAGGUUUUUUUUCCUUCGAAAUCAAACAGACUACCGAUUGAUCGAUACAAGAAGAAGACAUAGCAAUAGAGAUUCUUGAGAGCUAUGCAGAAGGAUUGCAGGCAAUACAGAGAAGAGAAGAGCGAAGGGGGGGUUGUGUCUGCAGUUAGAAUGCGUUGCCAUCUUUCAUGAAAGGCUCUCCUCUGUAAAGAUUAAAAUCUAGACGUAAAGUUUUUUUUUACAGUGAAUAAAACUUGCUAUAGCCUAUUCUCUCUA